UCAGCGAUUGCAUUGCGUCGCGUCGAUCGUGUUUGCAAGUUGGCGAUCUCUGUGGAGAGAAAACUUGCAGAUUGAUGUGCCUUCUUAGUGGCUGAGUAGUGUGCUAAGUGCCCUUAGUAGGUACAUGGGUUGAUGGGGUUUCCCUCGUUCGGUUAAAUGAAACCGUUUCCGGUCCGGUUUAUCUGGUGUCUCUGGGGGGUGUUAAAGGGUGCGUUCAAAAAUUACGUGGUUGUUAAGGUGAUAAGUGAAGAUGGGUGGAAUUUGGCGAAAGUACCUGACGUGAUCAGAUUCAAAGAAAUGUGUAGGACUGUGAAAGGUGUUUUUUUUGGUACGGCGUUUGAAGACACCUGAGCUUGAUCGAUUACUUGCAUGAUCGAGCUUUUCAGUGCGUUGUUUGGAUCGAAGCUUCAUGCCAUUUUGGCGACAAUCCAACUCAAAACCACCUGAGUGAGGCUACGCUAAUGGAGGUGUCAUUUUCUUGUGUAUAGUUCUGUGAUCCGGGAAUUUUAAACCACUUGUUGAUGGUGCAACAUUCGAUAUACUGAAGGUUUACAUUGUUGGCUUAACAAUAUUGGUUCAAGUUUAGCCGAAUGAGAUCGUGUGCUACGUUCAGACGACAACGAAAACAAUUUAUAGUUCAGAUCGUUCAUCAUUCUGAACUUGGCUACCCAUUUGCAAAUCGUGCUCUUGUUGUUGACUUAUUUUCGGUGCUUGUUUUGGGACGCGUAUCUCGUCGGGAGCUUGUUGGGGUGGGUGAUCGCGUUUCCCCCCAUGUUGUUGGUACCUGCAGUAUCCACACAGAAAGAAACGAAAACAGGCGCAACCAGUUUUGGUUGAUAACGCCGUGGGCCAUUUGGUUUUGACAACGACAACGCGACGUCGACGAAGACGGGUUUUCGAUCUGUGUGUCUGUGAGAAUACGUUACGCGGCGCAGAGAACCAUUCCCAAAAAUCUUUACAGCUCAAAUUGGAUGUCAGUUUUUAGUCGCGAGUUGAUUCUCGAUGUGUUAUGAUUUACUAGUUCGGGCAAGGCCAAGAUCGAAGCUUGGCUUUUUUCAAAUGGAUAUCGCCAAGUGAAGCGUGUGUUUACAAUUGCAAUUAAGGAAACUUGAAACUGGAAACGUCCUUUGGUGAAGCCCUUAUAUUGCCAGUAAUAUUUUUUUUUCAUAACACCAAGUGCUAAGCAGUGCACGCACAAAUUUUCCAUUUUCGUCACGUUAUCAGUAAAGGUGACAAUGAUACGAGUAUCAGGUGUAUGGUGGUUGUGAAUGUGAUAAAGUGUCAACGUAAAUUUUAAGUAGAUCAUACCUUAGCUUAACGUCAGCUUAACAGGCUUCAACUCUGAAUUAUUGUUUCUACAAUAAUGACUUAGUCAUCGUCGAGAAAGCCAUCGGAAAAGGAGUUCCCCCUCGGAACUUCCCAUAGGAACCAACCAGAAGUUCUGAGGAAGGAUUGUUUACAUCUCUAAAGUGCCGUUUCCCCAUACCGAAAGAGAUUCAUCUCACGGGCCAGACUGUUGCAGCAAAUCUAUCCAUCGAUCAACAAGUGAUUAAAUUUAUCAAGUUAUAAAACACGAUAAUGAAACUGAUUUGCCAUAAACGUACUAGGAGAAAAUAACGAGCGCCAUUAAGCCAAUUUUCUCAGUGAAGUUUCGAUACGAUGUGAUAUUCUAAUUGUGAUCAAAUAGUGAUUGUAAUUUUAGAAUUAACUCAAACACAAGUACUUAAUUGAUGACCGUUCGGGCUGUGAUGAAGUUCCUAGUGUGUUGAAGAAUCAACAGAAAAAAAACGUUACUGCUUUUCAAGGUCGUCCGUUUGCGACACCUGAAACCUACUGAAAAUGUGUCGAUGCUGUCAAAGCUGCUGGGAAGACUUCUAUUGGAGUUGCAUUGAAGAAAGGUUUUGCUAUGACGAAACAAUUGCCAAUUAUGACCCGGAUGAGGAUGAAUAUGUCAUCCGCAAAAAGGCUGCAAAUGGGUUCUACAAUUCGGAGGAAUCCAUGGAGAACAACAACGCCCCCAUUUGCCGGCAGCCGGCCAGCGUGGCCCGGAAUAUGUCAAUGAGCUCGAAAGUGCACGAAGAUGACCUGCGGCGUGAAAUCCAGACCAACGUUCCGAUGCUGGCCCCGGAAGUACUGGCUGUCUUUGCCAACUCGCAAAUAUUCCAGGAACAAUCCCCUCCGAAAUCCUCGGCUAAAAGUCCGCCAAUCGUGAAGUUUGCCAUCUCACCGGACACUUCACCGAUCGAAAUAACCCCUCCGACGCUGGUCGUUUCGGCAGUCUCGAACGACUCGCUCAACGUUUCAUUGGACAGUAUCGGCGGCAGCGGCGGCGGAUUUUCCAGACGGGAAAACGAUUCCGAUAAGCUUCUGAGACGACUCGAAGGAUCGUCCCAGGACAUUCGCGAGCUUCGGUACGGUUCCUCGUUGAUUCCACGAAUCGUAGAAGAAGAGCAGGACAUCGACGACGAGGUGAUCCUGCGACCUCCCCGAAAUCUCUCCGAGGCUGCCUCGUUCAGCGGUUCGUCCAGUAUUAUCAACAAGAACAUUUCGCUGCUGAAGGCCGAGCAGCCGUACUUCUCGACUCGACCGGCCAGCGAAAACGACAUCUUCACCAUUUCGUCGUCCAGCAACUACAAUGCCAUCAGCAUGACACCGGAAGUGCCAUCAAUCUCGUAUUCCAAUCUACCGAAGAACUACAUGGAAACGCCGACGGUGGAGAAAUACCGCGAAUCGGUCAGUCUGUACUCGAUUCAAACGGCAGGAACGGCCAAGGAGGACUACUCGAUGCCCCGGUACUACCGGAAGUCGGACAUGAUUGUGCACAGUGCAGAUCGUGGCAGCCGGAAGUUGAAUGAUGCGGAACUUGCAGCCAUUUCGAGUGGAUCAAUCAGUAACACUCCUUCCAAGCAGCAUGUUGAGAAAAGUAAACGUCUGAAGAACAUCCGCAUGGCACUGCCGCCGCUGAAUUUGACCCUGGUGCGGGGCCACUCGUCCUCCAAUCUCAAAGAAAAGGAACGGGAGGCGAGGGAGCGCGAGAAAGUAAAAUCAAAAGACAGUAUUAGACUGUGAGGCUGCUUCUACGAACUCUUCCACACAGGGGAUUAGCAGUGUACUUAAAUCUUGAUAUUCGGUUUAGCUUCUAAGACUGUUUCAAAAGCUUUCCACACCCGGUGGCGGAUUUCUUACUGUCGUCUAUUGUCCAGAUCUAGAUGUAAAUACAUUUUACUAUAAAUUGUUAUGAACAAAAUUGUCAAAGGCUUUACUUCCACUACGUAAUUUUAAAUUUAAUAAAAGUGCCAAUAUUGUUGAAUAAAUUUAUCCAUUUUAA